AUGUCUACAGAAAGGAAAGCACCCAUUGCCCAAGUUGUUGAAUAUGCAACACAACCCUCUUCAAAACCGGCAGAGCCACUUCAUCAUGUCUACGAGACUAUAUAUACAGCCAGUCAUUCUUCAAAGGCUGAGACGUUUACUGUCAUACUCAAGGUAAAUGGCAGAGAGUGCAAGGGUCUUCUCGACACUGGUGCUACUCGAACGCUCAUCACCCAUGACAUAGUAACACCAACACGGCCCAGUCCUGCUAUGUUGAAAGCAUAUGACGGUAAUGCUGUGGAAACCCUGGGUGUAGCAGAUGUCACGAUCAAUACAGGAGAUAGAUCUUGUCAGUGCACCUGUUUUGUGGUGCCUCCUGGACAAACAGUUCUUUUUGGGCAGGAUGUCAUCUUACAGCUGCAGCUACUUGCUAAGCAGGAGGUCAAUGUGGUCAAGAUUCAGCCCAUCGAUAUUAUGGUAGAUCCUCAAGCAACGCCACCAUCUCUUCCAGUACGGCACCAUACUGUCAGUCUUCGUAUGGCCAUAGAAACAGAGCUACAACACCUCAAGAAAGCAGCUAGACGUCAUUGA